AAAGCAAUCCGGGUUAAUUGUAUACAAAAAUAGCACUGUUUUGCAUAAAAUUAUAAAUAUAUAUAUAAAGCAAAAGUAUUAAUGGACACGGAGGUUGAUCUCUUCUAUCGACAGAUACCUAAAGUGGAGCUCCAUGCACAUCUUAAUGGCUCUCUCAGCUUGGCAACGAUGGAGAAACUCAUCACCCGGAAACCGCAUCUAAACAUCGAGUCCAGCAGGACGGCCAUCUACGGCGGACAGAAGCGCACACUGUCUGAAUGCUUCCAGCUUUUCAAAGUGAUCCAUCAACUUGUUGAUUCCGAGGAAGACAUUUUGAUGAUUGCCAAAGCUGUUAUUGAGGAGUUUGCUGCAGAUGGGGUGAAGUACAUGGAACUGCGCAGCACUCCGCGAGAAGAAACCAGAACAGGUCUGUCGAAAAGAAGAUAUAUUGAGACAGUUCUUGAAGCCAUUCGCCAGUGUAAGCAAGAAGGAGUGGACAUAGAUGUGAGGUUUCUUGUGGCCGUGGACCGCAGCAAUGGCCCUGAGGUUGCUAUGGAGACGGUGAAGCUAGCUGAGGAUUUCAUGUUGUCCAGUGAUGGUGUGGUGGUGGGACUGGACCUCAGCGGUGACCCUACAGUCGGGCAUGGAAAAGACUUCCUUCCUGCUCUUCAGAGGGCCAGGAACUGUGGGCUCAAGCUGGCUUUGCAUAUGUCCGAGGUUCGUUCCCAGAAGGAGGAGUCGGAGUUGCUGUUGGAUUUACCUCCAGACAGAAUUGGCCAUGGAACGUUUUUACACCCUGAAGUUGGGGGUUCGGACAGCCUUGUGGAUAAAGUCUGUAAACUAAACAUCCCUUUGGAGUUGUGCCUGACCUCUAAUGUCAAAGUUCACACAGUACCUUCGUAUGACAAGCAUCAUUUCCAGUACUGGUACGAGCGCCAGCACCCAUGCGUGCUUUGUACGGAUGAUAAGGGGGUGUUUUGCACCGAUCUCUCUCAGGAGUAUCACUUGGCUGCGUCUACAUUCGGCCUCAGUCAGGAGGCCAUGUGGUCUCUUUCCCAGCAGGCAAUUCAGUACAGCUUUGCCCCAGAGGCUUUAAAGCAGAGUCUGGAGCAGAGGUGGGCUGAGUUAAAACCUCACAUCCUUCCCUGAUGAGGAUGAUCUCCGUAUUGGUCUGAUCUCUCUUUGCUUGACUGGGUGGGGGUAGAUGAUGUUCUCGAGAUACUAGAAGUACUUGAAUUUAGCUGUAUUAACUUGUUCAAAUGUUUGUAGGAGUACUUUCACUUCUACUAUAUAUAUAUUCCCUCCCUCAAGUGAUUACCGACACAGACCUGACCCUUAUACCUGACAUCUACAGUUUUAGUUUAUGUUUUAAAUUCACGAUGCUCGGAAAAUAGCAGUUCGAUCCAGGGCACUGUUUACUGGUUCCUGUGAAAAAAAGGUCCUGGAUUUACUAAUCCGUCCAUGUUUUAUGCAUCUGUGUCAACUUUUUCUAAGUUUCUAAUGUUACUGUUGGGUAAUAUUCACUUUAUAUUGUAGCACUGAAUAAUCUGUGAUUUUGAUGUUGUGCUGUUUAGCCAUUUGUUAUCUCUGUCAUUAAUUAUCUCCAAUUACACUAAAGUGUUUUUAUAAUAAAUUACCAACUGGCAGCUUAUGAGACGACUUAAAUAAGGGAGUAGAUCAGUGCUUGUGCUGUUUCACUCUGUUUGGAAUUAAACAAUGAUUGUAUAUUUA